UAACGGGUUAGCUACAUGAACCAUUCCAUUCUGUUCAAUACAAGAAAUAAAAAGAUGUUAACCUUGUAUGAGCUGCGAGCCCGCGACAAAACUUUGUUCAAAUGUAUGGCGAAAGUAAACCGUAUUUAAUUGAGCUUCAUACUGUCUCUGUUCAUCAGAAUCAAUUCGUCGUCUUACCGUCUGAACCGACUUGCCAAAAUCACGUCUCGUUGACGGUGGAGAAAGCUCGACGCGUUGCUCUGUUGCUGGAUUGCAUAUAUAACAUGUGUAACUGAAUCUUCCCCACAUGUCCAAAUGCCUACUUUCGCCCCCGCUGGCGACGCACAGUUGGCCAGUACAGGCAUGUACCCCCUGACCCCUCCUCUACGUUAGAGUUAGAGUUAAUUAGGUGCAUCGGAGACGGGGAGCGGGGGAUGAAGGAGAGACGUUCAUCGAGGGGAUGAGGGAACCGCCAACUUUCAUCGAUGGUAAGAUAAAAAGAACAUUAAAAAGAACAUUGGAUCCUUGAUGGAUGCCAUUGUUGAAACAAUAAUCCUUAUACACAGCAUCGACAUUCCGGCAGGAAUGUGUAAAGAUGAAGCGGGAAUCAGAGAUGAGCGAAUUCCAUCGUUUGCAGGCGGUCUUGAAUCUCAAUAGUCAAUAACGACCGAGCUCAGUAGCCGACGAGAGAGGACCUCGAAGAUCGGUUUCCUCUUCUUGGAUCAUAUGCAUCUAACAGCACUGGAAGGGAAGCAGGUUGACAAUGUGCUUCGUCUAGGGUUUGUACUGAAAAUUGAAUUUCAUCAAUUUUUGCGUUACGGGCUGGACACAAAUGGAAUUUAAAAGUAAUUAUGUGACUAAUUUACCCUUAAUCAUUUGCCAUAAUUACAACAAUGACCUUAAGGGUAUCAUGGUAUUGUACCAUCGUUGGUGCUGGGGUUCGUUUCUUGUUAAAUCGGUUGGUACUUGGAAGCCGGGAGUAAGGCCGUAAGGGUAUCAUGGUAUUGUACCAUCGUUGGUGCUGGGGUUCGUUUCUUUACUUGUCCCGCGAACUCCCGCGAAAAACGAAUCGUGUUCCCGCCAAAACAAAAACCCUAAUCCUUAGUCCUAUAAGAGAAAUACCAGAAGAGAAGAACUCGAGGGAAAAAACCAGGAACUUGAAGGAGAAGCCGCCAUGAAAGUUAGAACGGUGAAGCUCAAGGAAACUCACAACAGUAAUGGCGUCAGCUCGUUCUGUUCUAUUCUGUGGGAUCUUAAAGCUCAGCAUCUCGUCACUGCUUCCGCUUCGGAUUCGUCAAUCUCCAUCCACGAUCUCUCUCAGCCUUCCAAGCCCCCGAAGAUUCUUCGUCAUCACAAGGAUGGUGUUACUGCGUUGGCUCUCAGUCCCAAUUCUACAUGUCUGGCUUCUGGUUCCAUCGAUCAUUCUGUUAAGCUGUACAGAUUUCCAGGUGGAGAGUUUCAGACCAAUAUAACCAGGUUCACAUUGCCGAUCCGAGCCCUUGCUUUUAACAAAUCAGGUAGCAUGUUAGCUGCUGCUGGGGAUGAUGAAGGAAUUAAAUUAAUUAACACCAUUGAUGGUUCAAUUGCAAGGGUUCUCAAGGGACAUAAAGGGCCUGUUACUGGUUUAGCCUUUGAUCCCAUCAGCGAGUACUUAGCAUCAGUUGACUCUAUGGGGACUGUUAUAUUCUGGGAGCUAUCUUCCGGGAAAAUACUACAUACACUUAAAGGAGUAGCUCCUGAUUUAGAUUCAGAGACUUCUGUGUUAAACAUGCUGAGCUGGAGCCCUGAUGGUGAUAUCUUAGCUGUUCCAGGUUUAAAAAAUGAUGUUGUUAUGUAUGACAGAGAUACAGCUGAAAAGUUGUUUACAUUGAGAGGUGACCAUGGGCAAUCAAUUUGUUUCUUGACAUGGUCACCCAAUGGAAAAUAUAUUGCUACUUCUGGUUUGGAUAGGCAGGUCUUGAUCUGGGAUGUUGAUCGCAGGGAGGACAUUGAUAGACAAAAGUUUGAUGAUAAGGUGUGUUGUAUGGCAUGGAAGCCAAAUAACAAUGCUUUGGCUGUUAUUGAUGACAUGGGGAAAUAUGGAAUGUUGGAACCCGCUGUUCCUUUGUCAAUGAAAUCUCCUACGGAUGGUGCUCCAAAUUUACAUGCAAAGAACAGCAAUGGACUCCUUUUGUUUGAUGAAGAUGAACAAGAGCUUAGUGUUUCAGGUAGUUUAAGUGAUGCCAGUGAGGGUAGUCUUGGUGAGUCUGAACCAGUUAGCAGGAAAAGAUUGAAGAAACAGUCCAUACUUGAAGAUGAAGACAUAGACAAUGGUGAUCAAGUGGCCUCGCCACCUAAGAUUGAAUCACGUAAAAGAGCUCACAGUCAUAAAGAAUGUCUAGAGGAUAAUAUUAAGGGAUUUAGUGGAAUAUCUUCUGCAAGGCCAAAAAUGCAGGAGGCUUUUCAGCCAGGCUCCACAGCUGUGCAGGUCGGGAAGCGGCGCUUCCUAUGCUAUAAUAUGCUUGGAAGUAUAACCACAACGGAAAAUGAAGGGUAUUCUCACAUAGAGGUAGAUUUUCAUGACACUGGGAGAGGCCCAAGAGUUCCUUCAAUGACUGAUUAUUUUGGUUUCACAAUGGCUUCAUUGAAUGAGAGUGGAAGUGUUUUUGCGAAUCCAUGUAAGGGUGAAAAGAACAUGAGCACUCUCAUGUAUCGUCCAUUCGGUAGCUGGGCAAAUAACAGUGAGUGGUCCAUGCGAUUUGAAGCAGAGGAAGUGAAGGCUGUGGCCUUAGGUACUGGUUGGGUAGCUGCCAUUACAAGUCUUAAUUUUCUUCGCAUCUUCACUGAAGGUGGCUUACAGAAACACGUUCUCUCCCUGAACGGACCGGUGGUGACUGCAUCAGGAUUCAAAGAUGAGCUGGCUGUUGUGACACAUGCAUCUGACUGUCUUCCAUCAAAUGAUCAGAUGCUCGAGUUCAGAGUGUUCAACAUUUCUAAUGGAGUGCAGCCUCACAGUGGUCGUCUUCCUCUCAGUCCUGGUUCCUGUCUGACAUGGUUUGGGUUCAGUGAAGAAGGUCAAUUAAGUUGUUAUGACUCCAAGGGAGUGCUGAGGGUAUAUACCAACCAGUAUGGUGGCAGCUGGAUUCCGCUCUUCAGUGCUAGUAAAGAGAAAAAGUCAGAGGAAAACUAUUGGGUGGUUGGGCUGAAUGCAAGCAAGUUAUUUUGCAUUAUUUGUAAACAUCCCGAUUCAUUCCCACAGGUGAUGCCAAAACCUGUUCUUACUCUGUUAGACCUUUCAUUUCCUCUUGCAUCAUCUGAUCUUGGAGCAAUGGAUCUUGAAAAUGAGUUUAUAUUGAGUAACUUGCAUCUCUCACAGAUUCAGAAAAAAAUAGAUGAAAUGGUUGUGGCUGGUCUGGAUACUACUUCCCUAGAUGAUGAAGCUUUCAAUGUGGAAGCAGCUCUUGACAGAUGCAUCUUGAGGCUUAUUGCUGCCUGCUGCAAUGGUGAUAAGCUUGUGAGGGCUGUUGAACUUGUGAAACUUCUGUCAUUGGAGAAGUCAGUUAAAGGUGCCAUAAAGCUUGUUUCUGCCCUGAAACUUCCAAUUUUAGCAGAGCGCUUCAACAGCAUUCUUGAGGAAAGGUUACUGAAGGAAACUAUGGGGGCACCUGCAAUUUCAAAUUCAACCUCUGGAGCAGCCUUCAAAAAUAUUGAAGCACAUGCCUUACCUAUGACCACGAGAAAUAGAGCAUCAGAACCUGUUAAUCCAUUACCUCAAUCAAAGCUAUCCUCUCCUCCGAUUACGAAGCAAGAGAAAUUACAAGAGGGGAUUAAAAUUGGGCAGAAGAUAGAGUCCAAUAAAACUUCAUUACCUCCACCAAAACUGCCUUCCCCUGCUUCAAAUCAAGAGAAAUCAGAAGAAAAAUCUCGAGUUAGGGAGAAGCCAGAACCCAGUAAAACUGUGGCUGUUGGAAACAAAACGGAGGGAAUUGAUCAGUUACCAUUUAAUCGUCCAACUAAUCCAUUUGCCAAGACAUCAAGCAACCAGGAAAAAGGAUCUUUACUUGAUUCUAUCAAGAAAAUGAAAAAAGUUGAAAGUGGAGGUAAAAAGUAAGGAGGCAGCAAUUUCCCGAAAACAAAAACAGGCUAAAGAAUGUAAAAUAUAAGUAGAAAAUGAUGAGGAAUUAGCUGUUUGAAGAGGAGAUGGCAAAUUGCACAGCCUAAUGGAGAAAGAUUAGCGGCUUCUGGUAAAUAGAAACAGCUAGAGAAGGAUUGUAGGCUGUAUGUAAUAUGGUCAUAUUGUAAUUGCAUUUUAUUAUUUCAUGUAAUUCACCUGUCAUCGUGAAACAUGGCGCAUCUCCUGACUACAUUUGCAGCUACACCAGCUGACAUAAUUAGUCUGACGGAUGGCUGGAUGGGACUUGCUACAGGCGAACGCCAUUGUAAAUUGUAAUCCAUUGUCUUCAAGCGUAAAGCCGUUUGUCUUUGCUUA